AUGUCGCUGCCAACACAAGCAGCGAAAGAGCGGCACUAUGCGUACUUGGCGUCGCGUGUGGAUGCACUUGCGACGACACUGCAGCAUACACAGCAUUACAUGACGAUUGCGAGCGAGCAGGCGGCAUACAUGGCCGACCUGGGAGUUGGCCAAGCGUCCUUGUUUAUGGCUGCGCUCGACCGUGUGGAUCGCGAGAAUGAGGGUGCAGAGAAGUAG